AGCGCCGUCUAGUUGAUUUGGUUGGUUAUCAUUAGAAAUUAUCACAGAAUCUUUCUUCCGUGGCUUCCGGUAGUACUAGUAAAGUUUACGCUGGUAACACCGUAUCUGUCAGCUGAGUUCAGUUGAUGAUUUAUCGAAUCGAGUAAUGGUGGUGUUAUGACCACAAGAGCUUGAAUAAAAUCAGUGCGUUUGUGUUAUAUCACUUUCUACAAGUUGAAUUGUAUUGCAAAAUGAAGUUAUAUUCUUCGUGACUAUUAUUGUGUUAAAGUUAAGACGUGAUUCGCCGUGACAUUGCGAUAUUUCCAGUUUCCAUGGCCGACUCUACAAAUGUAAGCGGUAGUUGAUUUUACAAUUGUUGAGAGCUCGUCUCGCCGCAACCAUGUUGUACGUUUUCCACGUGGAUGCUGGUCAGAUGGCCACCUACGAUAUGAAUCUUACACUGCAAAGUGUUGCAAGCUUAAAAUCCGCGAUAGAGAGAAAGACAAAGAUUCCAGCGGCCUCUCUGGUGCUCCUAGUAAGCGGCGGGGAGGUCCUACUAUCAGACCACAUGGUCUCCUCAUACAGUGCUGGCACAGACACCAAUCCUAUCUAUAUGUUCAGCAAACCAUCUGUUAAGGAGAGCCAUUUGAAGCAGUCCAUGGAUCUAAGUCCAAUAGUGGAAUUAAGUACAGGCGAGUUCAGAAGUGAUACACGAGUAUUCGAUGGAAAAUCCGUAGUCGAAUUGAAGGCAGCUGUAGAUAAAUGUUGUUCGUUGUCGCCGACGACUGUACACACGGUGAUAACUUGCGCUGCGCUGGCGCAGCAGUUCAGUGACCUUGCGCAUGAGGUGUCCAGGACUUGCGAACAAUUUGUUCAUGAACAACAUUUGCAACAUCAGGGAUGGGCAGCUGUGGUGGCCAAUUUGGAGGACAUAUUCAACGAAUUCUGUGAGCGAUCGAAGAAUUUCAAGGAGUCCUUUAGGAAGCAUCGCCUAAAAAAGGAGGAGUACCAUGAAAUGUUAAACGAGCUCAACGGGGUUCUAGAGUCCCUAGGCAAAAUCCCAAUUCUACCCGCUCUGCAGUUGAAUGCAGAGGCCCACAGAUUCUCAGCGUUCGACGUUUUUGAAGAGACUGACUUCGAAGGUCAUCCCUACAGAGUUAGUCACCCACUGGACAGCAGUUCAGAGAAGACGGGGCAAGACUUUGGUGUUGAGGCGUUCAAGCUGUCUGAGGAGGAUGUAUUCGAAAAGAAAGAAGCAUCUACCAGCAAGGAAGUGGUCCAAUCUGAAGCAGUUCAGCAGAUCGAGUCCUCAGACGAAGGGGUUACGUUCAAAGCGCAGUCAUAUGAGAGUAAAGAAGACCCUACACUUCUGCACUGGAUAUUAGCACAGGGAAACAAGGCUUCAUUGCAGGAUAUAUUAGAUUAUUGUCAGAAGGGAUUGGCUUUGAUCGAUGCAGAACCUCUAAAAGAGCGCGAAGCCGAAUUAUAUCACCUCCUGGAGUACGCAAACAUGCACGGGUUGAAGCAGAUCAAGGGCAUUGAAGAUAGGCUGUAUGGACUCGACCAGCUACUCAGUGACGUCAAAAAACUCGAGAGAGAUCAGCAUGACCAGGCUGCUUCUCUUAUUCAAUACCGCGACCGAUUGAACUCUGCCUGCGAUCCAUCCGUACUGCCGACCUUAGUGCAGUCCCACUGGUGCCAACUGGAAAAGCUCCUCAUAGGACACCAGAAGCUAGUCGAUAUUCGCCGACGCAUCGCCAAGUCUAAGGACGAGCUCUCUUACAUUCUCAAGACUAGAUUAGAGGCAGUGCUGGUGAUCGAGAAUUCCAUGUCAGUACAAGAUGCGCAUGCGAUGCUGUCGUUCCAGUGCUUCAAUCGGCUGGCACGCUAUUUUGGCAUCGUUACCCAACUUCACCACGCGCCCAAAGUAUUCGUGCGUGCCGUGCAUGAGGUCGCUAGAAGACGGACUUUCUCUCAGGCUCACCUUAAGUGGGCAACAGAUCUUGCAAAUAAAUUGCUCAAAAUACACGAAGAAGAGGUUUCGCGGAGACAAGAAUUCAACACGUUAUUUGAGGGGCAUUUUCUCAAAUCACUGUUCCCGGGGAUGACGGAGUUGCCUCCUGCGUUCGCGACCCAGACACCGCCUGUUUUCGACGCAAGAUUGCCCAAGUUGUCAGAGGAAGAUGUGGAAUUUAUUGCCAGUACGUUUCCUGAACUAGCCAAAGAUGUGCCGAAUUAUGAUAUGGAGACGAUUGUCAAGUUCUUUCAGCAAAGGUUAACCGCAUCGGAACACGCUGAAAGGGAUGUCCAUGUGCAAGUAGACCUCGAUAAGGAUUUUGAAUCACAAACCAGCGACUUUGAGAGACUGAGCAGACAAGGUAGUAAGAAACAAAAGAUAGAUACGUCAACAACAUGCGCACCUGAGACAAUGGCGGUGUCGACAGUGACCGAGGAUAACAUGGAUACGCAUAAAAUAAACGUGGAAAAAUUACAAGAUUUCUUAAUAAACUUACGUAAUUUGUGCAGAGCAAAUGUUAUGUUCAUAAAAGAAGAAUUAACGAAGUUGAAAAUAGAUAUUUAUGAACAGAGAAAAUGGGUAAACGAUAAAUGUAUACAGUUGUUACAAGUUUGGGAAAAGAAUAAUGAGGAAACUGCCAUACGGUUUAGAGAGCAAACUCAAAGAUUGACUGUUGAUCAUGAAUUGGAACUUAGUGAUAUGAAGGCAGCUCUUAAGGACAAAGAUGACGUUAUUGAGUUGUUCAAGAAAGAAAAGGAAGAUGUGAAAUCUGAUCAUCAGAGGGGGAUAGAACAAUUAGAGAAACAACACCAAAGUACAAACGAGUUGUUAGAAAAAACGAAAGAGGAAAUUAAGGCGUUUGAGAAGAAACAGGAAGAGUUUGAAAUGCUUAAGCAAAAAGAAAUUAAAGAGUUGCAGGAGAAAAUGCAUAUGGAGUACAAAGCUGAGAUUGAGUCUUUAAGAUCUAGGUUUCGCCUUGUGGCAUUAACAAAUAUGGAUCGUUCACCAUCGGAAUCCAGCCUCGAGAAGAUCGAACGGACGGACGUGAUAGAGAUCACGAGCCAUAACGCUAUAGUGAUGCAAACGAAAGAAAACGCGGAGGUAGAGAAGGAGGAGGCUGUGAAGCAAGCCGUGGCCAAGUGCGAGAGCGAGUGGGUACAGAGACUUGCGACUGAAGUUGCUGCGUUGAAAAGCAAAUGCGAAACAGAGAAACAGGCAUCACAAAUGACGAUCAACGAUGCUACUCGGCGGCUGCUAAGUGAAAAGGACCGCCAGCUUGAGUUGCUGCGUGAACGCGAGCAAGCGCUAACGAGAGAGUGUGCCAAGUAUCGGGAUACGAUACAGCAGCUCACUGACCCCGAGACAAAUGAUUAUGAUGCGCUUCUGAAGACUCAGAUGGCAACACUUGAAAACGAAAAAGCUCUUCUCCAGCAGCAAGUGCAAGAACUGAAGAAGGAGUUGGAAAAACGAGCCGAAGUGGAGGAUAAGAGUAAAGAGGAAGACAGCGAUGGCAGAUCAUCACCAAAGAAAGAAGAGCUAAAGCGUUCCCGCAUGCGCAGCCACACGCCAGUGGGCUUGGCCGCGGGUACGCUCAGUUUGUCUUCCUGCCAGCCGGGUCACACCGUGCUGGUUAUGUGGGAGCCUGCGCAUCUUAACUACACUGUCAUGCAGGAAGCGACAACAAUGUACUUCGUGCAUAGCGACUGUUUGCCAGCGUUGGAUCUCAGUAUUCAGGUGAAGAAUGACAGCGAGAGGAAAUUGUAUGCCAUCGCCAUAGUCGAGUCCAAGGAAUUUUGUUAUGCUAAGAAAAGCGGAAAUAGAUACCAUAUGCCGCGAGGUUCCCGAUUCUACCGCGUGCGCGUGCGGCCAGUCCGGCCUCACCUCGUUCACCCGCCCUGCUGCGAUUCCAAACACAAACAAGAUGCAAUGAAGGGCGGGGUGCUGCCCGUGUUCGGCGACAGUCGCCCGCUCAAGAAAUGGUUGACUUACGUGCAUGCGCCAGACAUGCAGAAGUCCGUGGAUACAAGUCAGUCUACCAGUUCAACCACAGACGAGGUGAGCAGAGUGGGCGAGGUGGCUACAGCGACGCUGAUCAACCUCGAAUCGCCGGUGUCCACGAGCGAAGCUGUGUCGAGUGCCAGCGCGGUGCCCGGUGAAGACCAACUGGACUCUAUAGAGGCGAGCGAACAGUGGCAGAGUGCUAAAAUGCAAAUGUCCACUGUUAGCACUGUAACUGAUAUGGAAUGCAGUGUUGGACGGGUGACAGGACCAGAGCCUUUAGAAUUGAGCGCUGUGUCUGUGGUAGCGGGUGGUUCUGUGCCUCCUGAUACCGAGAACGCCGAGGAGGCGUCGCCCUGACGCCCGCCGCCCCCGCCGCUUCCGCCGAACGCGCCGCGUUUCUAGUGACCGCUUUUGCGUCGCUAAGUGUCGUGUUUGUCCAGUGAAGUGCUGAAGUGACAACAAGUGAAGUAAUUAACCAGCCGUCAGCGUACAAGUUAGUGCUCCAACCACCCAAUCGGCGUCUAAACAUACUACGAUUUCUUCUAAACUCUGUACCGCUGUCCUUUACAGCGACACAUCCAGUAGCAUGAAUCGUUUUAGAAAUUUCUUAUAAUAUAAAACGAAAAUGGAAAAUUUAUCUAAGCUGUAAAAUUGCAUCGAAUCUAAAGAAAAUUGUAAUUUUGUCCACCUAGUCGAUGUCUUCCACAGUUCACUGCGCGAGGCAUUUUAAAUGAAAUAUCAUUUUCGAAUUCUAAAUGCGGCUUUGAAUUGGAAUUAUUCAAUGCAAAUUGAUAAUUCAAAGAAAAUUAAAAGUUAUAUAUUCAUUUAAAAUUGUAAAUCACGUGAAAUUUAUUACAUUAUUACAUAUUUUUCUAUUAAAAUUAUGCAUAUUGUGAGGUUAAGGUUGGCCAAGACUAUGAAGUUUGAAAGAAGUGAAAGGCUUUCUCUAGAAUUAUUUCAGUGAUUUCUUCUCGGUAGUACAAAUCUAAUGUUUAGUCGUUUUAUAGCUUUACAUGUUUUAUUUUGCGACGAUAUUCACACAUAUUUAUUUUUAUAUUUCUACAUUAUGCCUAAUGUGUUAUACAGUUUCGUUGUAUUUUCGUGAAACCAUUAAGACAUGUUUUAUUUCGAAGCGAACAUUGAGUACAGGUGGCAUGAUUAUUGUUGGUCACAUAUUGUGUUGCAUGCUGCACAAAAAUUAUGUAUUCACGUUUAUCUGAUUCUUUUACUUGUGUGUUGAUAUAAUUAAUAUAUUUGACAAAGUUUAAAGUUCAGUUUAGUAUGCGUCUAAUUACAAUACUAAUUGAUAAAAGUCACAUUCACCCUUAAGAUUCGUCUAUCUGUAAGUUUACUGUCUUCACACUUAAGUCAUAGUCAUAUUUAGUGGGGCAGUACCCCCUAAUUUAGGGUUUCUCGUACAAGUGUCGAUAGGCUUCUGCAAAUGAUAGCGCUUACACACUUGAUCUCGCUCCGGAAUCUUCGAAUCUUAUAGAUUUCAUACUCUAGUAUAGCUUAAAGCGGUAGAGAAAAGUUUAUCUCAAGAUCUUCAUUUGUAAUGCAUAGAUAGGCAUGCUUUUAAGUAAAGAAAUUAUUGUCAAGAGAAACUGAUACAGUAUUCACACUGUGUCACAUUGUCGAAAGAAUUUAUAGUAAGUGAGGCACAGGCACUUUUUGCGUCCAAAAAUUCGUUUGCAGUUUUAAUACUGAAGGUAUUGAAUAAUCGAAGCGCGAAAAUUGUUAUGUUGUUAAAUAAGAAGACAUCGCUUCGUGUCAAAUUUGUUUGUGGCCUUAUAAUAAGUGGCGCCCAUUGUGGGGCUACAGGCGUCUCCGCUCACGUUUCCGCGCGUACUGCCGACUGUCGGUCAAGGAAACACGAGCGCAGACGCCGACUUCGGCAUUCGCCGAAUGCUGUGAUAGCGCGUGCUGUGCUCUCCUCGAUCCCUUCACGAACAGCUUUACAAAUACAAACGAUCAUUUACCUUGUAAUUUAUAAUUAAGGCCUAUUUGCUAAGAACGUACAUUUUAAUCUGCUGGAUAAUGCUAAAUUUAAGUCUGCUAUGUAUUGGUAAAACUGUUCGCUUUUCGACCCUGAUUUGAGUAAUGGUACAGUUAACAGUGUUGGGAGUUAGGUACGUAAUUUACAUACAAAUUUUGAAAGCCCAAAUGUUAAUUAACGUGACGUUGUAAGUUUUUAAAGUUCAAAACCGCGAUACUGAAACAAAUUAUAUUGUUAUUGUACGUGUAAUGUACAUAAAUAAGUGUUUAAUCAUUAUUGUAUUACUGUAAAUCGUGUUGGAAGCGGUCGGGUUUGUAAAUGUUAAGUUUCGAUUCCUCCCUUUAUUGUUGAUGGGAAUUACCUUACAUUGAAUAACGAAAACGACUGUAGCCAUUCAGACUGUUAGGUUAAUAAUGUCUUGGGAGUACUGAUACAAGUUGGAGUCUGUCUGGGCAUUGUGAUUAUAACUCAUUUGUUUGUGCUGGACACAAAUAAUGUGAUUAUUAUUGGUUAUGAUUAGGUUGCAGGGUCAUUCAUGGUUAAAAUUAUCAUCGUGUCAUGUUAUUGUGUCAUACAAACAGUUUUAAGGAAUGUUUUGCGACUGCAUUGCAUAAUAAAUCUACCGUGUGAUUGCUUAAUGGACUAUUUUGUAGUGACCAAUUUUAUCGAGAAAUAAAAAAUGUAAAAUUGACAAUUUUAAUGUAAUUUUUAUAUACAAUAAAUAG